AUGGGAGCAGCGGGGGGAGGGCUCCGUGAGGCGUGGGGCGGGCUCCGGGCUGCGCGCUCGCCGGGGAAGCAGAAGCACAGCGGUGCCGUGGCCGAGCGGGAGGAGCCGGUCGGACUGUGGGAGUGCCGGGUGGCUCGCCGUGUCCGCCUCGGGCUGUGCCCCUGCGCUGCGCACUCGCGACCCGGCGCUGGCGCUGCGCUUGGCGAUGGUGGAUAUGAGGAACAGAUUGAAGGGAUGACCAGAAGGAGCAAUGGCGGGAGUCUGGACAACGGCCGGACUUUCACUUCCAGGGGCGCACAGGGGACCCACACACCAAAUAUUCUGUCUCGCUCAGUAAUUGAAAUCUCUCUCGGCGCGGCAGCCAGGAAUCGACGGGAUUUCUCUGCGGUUUGCGCUGCCUGUAUCCGAAUAAAUUGAGCUCGCAGGCAUCCGGCAGGAAACGGCUCCCGGUUGGAGUGUACACGGACGCAUCGGCCCAGCACGGGACGCGAGGUGGCUCCUGGUGAUUGUGUGGCUGUAGGUCUGGCCUCCGAAGGAGGCUGGACUAUCAGCGCCCUCAGGCCGGGAGCGGCCCCUUGCUGCCCCGCAGUGCCCGGCAGCCCCCACCUCUGGUGGUGCUUCGGGAACCUGCCCGGCCAAGUCCGCCCGGGGCGAAAACUGAAAGCAAAUUCCGCGGCAAAUGAAGCCCAAACUUUCUUCGACGCAACUUUGCCACAAUGAUUCGGUGGCGACUUAGGACGGCGCGCUGGUCUGUGCGCGUGCAAGGUGGGGGUGGUGGGCGAAGAAAGCUUGGGGCGGCCGAGCCUGGCCCUAGAUGAAACACUAGGGAAGGCGCCUCCCCUUCCUUAUUUCUCGCCAAUUCCUCGGCCCCAAUCCGUAAAAAUAGUUUCCAAUGUGUGGCGGACGCCCAGGAUGUGUUUGUGGGGAUCGCACCAGGGAGAAGGAAGCUUUGUGAAAGUUGCAGAAAGAGCUUUGCCCAGAAGCGUCCGCCCUGCAGGGCUCAAGAAAGCUGAGGACCAGCUCGCCUCUCCGGGGUCUGCGCUGGAAACUCACAAGCGCGGCGCCGCGGUUGGCUGGCGAGGCCGGGAAGCUGAGCCCGCCCGCAAGGCCGCUUCUUGGCACGCUCAGUCCCAGUACCUAAGAGAAGCUUGCACCGAGGUGAGAGGACGAGUGUGCUUUCAGCUCCUGCUCGGCUGUCUAGACCAUCACCGCCGACCUCCCAACUCCCUGGAGCGGGCGCUUCCCCCCUGGGAGCGGCAGUCUUGGGCGGCUAGCUAG